AUGACAUGGGCUUUUACUGAAGAAAUUGGAAUUAAUAUCGCCAAGAAGGAGGCUGUCGAACUUGGGGCGCUCGCUGCCGCGUGGAAGCUGGCAGUUCUCGAACUGACGGCGUCUGAGAGGCCUGAUCCUGCACCAGAGGAGGAGAGAUCCCCCCAGCUGCUUCUUCACCCGGCUGCUGGACGCGAAGGGACCGGUGGGAGCCCUUGGCAGCUCGUCCUGGAGCGGCUGGGGAGGGUGCGCGACCGGGUGCGGUCCUUCCCCGACUUCCCGGUGCCCGGCGUGCUCUUCCGCGAUAUCAGCCCCUUGCUGAAGGAUCCUGCGGCUUUCGGGACUUUGAUUGAUCUUCUGGAAGAUCAUUUGAGGGCAUCUUUCCCCAAAAUCGACUUUAUUGCAGGCCUGGACUCCCGUGGCUUCCUCAUAGGCCCCUCCCUGGCUCAGAGACUGGGGAUCGGCUUCGUGCUGAUACGGAAAAAGGGGAAGCUUCCCGGUCCGACCGAGUCGGUCUCCUACGCCCUUGAGUAUGGCAAGGCUGAACUUGAAAUCCAGAGCGACGCCGUGGAACCGGGACAAAAAGUAGUUAUUGUAGAUGACUUGCUUGCAACUGGAGGUACCAUGUGGGCGGCCUGCGAGCUGAUGAAGAGGCUGAGGGCUGAAGUCCUGGAGUGCCUGGUGAUCAUAGAGUUAAAACUCCUGAAAGGGUCGGAAAAGCUCAAGUCCAUCCCUUUCCACUCCCUGCUGCAGUAUGACUGAGGAGGAGCCGGGAGAAGGGAAUGCGCGCCCUGAGCCGUGCACA